AAGUCCAUGAACCAUAUUGGGCUAACAGUGUCCAGAACAAACAGUGCUCUCUGCCUUAUUGCUGAGGUACUUUUUAAAAUCUUUUUUUUUUACUUCUAACCACUUAAUUUAAAUUCCUAUCGUCAUGGAGAUCCCAGUAUUUACAGUGGAUGCCUUUACUAAUGUACCUUUUAAAGGCAACCCUGCAGCUGUGUGUCCCAUAACGCAUGAGCUGACGGAUGAUUUGUAUCAGAAGAUAGCAGCAGAGAUCAACCUGUCAGAAACAGUGUUCAUCACCAAGAUCCAGACCUCUGAUAGUUUCUCCACAGCAUCAAGAUUUCGUCUCCGCUGGUUUACACCGACCACUGAAGUGAAUCUCUGUGGCCAUGCUACUCUGGCCUCUGCUGCCGUGCUUUUCCAGCAUAAGAAGAAUGUCAACCCUGUGCUGGUGUUUGAGACCAGGAGUGGAGACCUGGCUGUCGCUCAGCUCAAAGAUGAAUACGUCAUGGACUUCCCUCUUAACCCACCUGUCCAGCAGGACCCCAAUGAAUUUAGUGAUGUCAUCAAGGCUGCAGUUGGAAACAACACGGUUCACAGUGUCCACCUGAGUACAACCACCAAGAAACUGAUGGUUCGACUGACUGACAGCUGUGACAGGUCAGUGCUCACCCAUCUGAAAGUGGAUGCUGUCGCCCUACAGAACAGUGAGAGAAGUGGACGAGUCAAAGGAGUGAUUGUCACUAUAAAAGGUUCUCCAGAGUCCCAGCCUGGAUAUGACUUCUACUCCAGAUAUUUCGCUCCAUGGAACGGUAUCCCUGAAGAUCCUGUCACUGGUUCUGCUCAUACUGUACUCGGCAGUUACUGGUCUAAAGAACUGGGAAAGAAGAAACUGCUGGCGUACCAAUGUUCCAGUCGUGGCGGGGGGCUGAAGCUGGAAGUGAGAGAUGACGGAAGAAUAAACAUAUCUGGACAAACUGUCACUGUACUGAGGGGGGCGCUCACGCUGUAGUCACCUCACACACCACACGUCCACAGCACAGAAUCAAACGUCUCACCACAUUAUUUGUUCAGAUUUGUAUUAUUUAUUCACAAUUAAAUAAUUAACAUAUAAACAGGAGGUAGAAACAAAACUUACUUUUUUUCUGAUUUUUGCUAUGACAUCAUGUCAUUACUUUAU